ACAACGUUAAUUCAUAUGGUAGUAGGUUCUGAUAUCUCUUUCUUUUUCUCACUCGAGUAUCCUCUCUCUUCUCUGUUCACCAAUUCUUUAGUCUCAUUGAGUUAGUUGAGUCUGGUUGAGUCAGUCAGUUACGCGAAGACUGCUGUGGACGUAACAUUAUACUAUAGUUUAUUGUAAAUAAAAUAAGAAAGGAAUAAAACAAUGGCGUCUGCAAAGAGAAAGCAAGAUGAGAAACAUCUGAAAAUACUUCGUGAAUUAGUAUCACAACCUGGUAAUAAAGAAUGUUUUGAUUGUCGACAACGAGGACCAACUUAUGUCAAUAUGACCAUUGGUUCUUUUGUCUGUACUACAUGUUCUGGUUUGCUACGAGGCUUAACACCACCACAUAGAGUUAAAUCUAUUUCAAUGGCAACAUUUACUGCUGAAGAAAUUGAAUUUAUAAAACAACGUGGUAAUGAACAUUGUAAAAGAAUAUGGCUGGGAUUGGUUAAUUCAAAUACUCCAAUAACUAUUGAUACUAAAGAUGAACAAAAAAUGAAAGACUUAAUGUCUGCUAAAUAUGAACAUAAAAGAUAUUAUUUAGAUCCAUCGAUGGCUAAUGACAACUGUAAUAAUCAAAAAGUACAAUCAACCUCUUCUGAUAGUACAUUACGAUCAAAUCAAACUAAUAUACCUAGAGUACCAAAUGUUGGGACAUUGCCAACAUUGACUACACCAAAUCAAAAGAAAAAAAAUACUACAGAGACUAUUUCAACAUUUACUACAGAUUUCGUCGCUGAUUUUAGUCAAGUACCCGAUCCUUUUGUAUCUGCUGCACCAACAUCACAAUUUUCCGGGUCUAUUCAACCGCAAGCUUCUUUUGCUAACUUUGACAAUAAUCCAGCAUUUGAUUCUUCCCAGAGUGUCGACAUGGAUAAGCAGCCGAAACACGGUAUAUCCUGGCUUUAUCAACUAAACAAAGCAAAGCUAGCGGAAGAAUUGGACAAGCGAAGUAUCCAUCAUGAACCAAAGGCUACCAAAGAUGAUCUAAGACGUCUGCUCAGAAUAGCACUCAGAAACGAAGGUGCAGGGAACAGUAUGAAUAGCAGUAAAGCACCAUCUAACCAGUCUAGCCGACAGAACAGUCCAACCAGGACUCCCACACCGGUUCCAACGCUUUCUAUGAAACCACCAGUGUUACCAUCCAUAUCAGGGGAUCAGGGUCGGUCAAGUCGCAUAGACGACUUAGAACUAGAUAAUGCAACUCGUACCUCUACACCUCGAGACAGAUCACUGGAGUCUCAUCCAGCUACGUUAACAGCAUACGAAGAGCUCAGAGCAAUGCUGUUAAGGGAACAAGACAAGUUAAAACAAGUUGAGCGAGAACGCGAACAGGACAAAAGGCGACUGGCAGAAUACGAAGAGGGAGCUAGACUAAUAGAACAGCAACGUAUUAAUGACAAAAUAAGGAUAACUGAGAUACAAAAGUUAAAAGAGGGAGCUGAAAAACGAAGACAAGACGAGGUUAGAGCCCAUCAACGACAGACGGUCGUAGAACAACGUCAGCAAGAAGCUAGUAAUGAUGCUGCAGAGUUGAGAGAACGCAUAGAGUUAGUAGAGCAAAUACUACUACAAGAGCAGACAAAACGACAACAAACUCCCUACUCAAGACCUGUGAUCACAACAGAAAGUCAUGGGCAAGUGAAAAAUAUUAAGGACCAAGUCAGAAAGUGGGACAUUAGAUUCGAUGGCGAGACGGACCUGUGGACAUUCCUGGAACGCAUUGAGGAACUAAGUACGAGCUACCAGCUGUCCAAAGAUCAAUUGCUGGAAUGUACACCAAUACUGUUGACAGGAAAAGCAUUAUUGUGGUAUCGAAACAAUAAAGCCAACUGGCAGAACUGGGAAGAGUUUACUGAACAGUUAAAAAGUUUCUAUCUCCCAGUGGAUAUCAGACUACGAUGGGAAGAGGAAAUCAGAAACAGAAUCCAAGGUCCAAAGGAAAAAGCUCGAGAUUAUAUCACAACACUCCAAACACUGAUGCGCAGACAUGGUGGUAUGAGCGAGUAUAGUCAGUUAGACAGAUUGUACUAUAACAUGAGGUCAGACUAUCAACACUACAUCCGAAGACGAGAUGUACAAAGUAUCAGUGAUCUUAUUAAUCUGGCAAAUGACUAUGAAAGAGUAACAGAGAAUGAACGGAUCAACAAAACUAUGCCAUUAAAACCGCCAAUAAGCGAUUAUACAAAUAAACCUAGGGAACGCAAAAAAGAAGACGUGUCAACCAUCAGCGCAAACUAUAGAAUGCACUUGUCCAAGCCAGGGAAACGGACAAGGGGCCGGCGAAAGAGCGUACUUGGUCCGGCCCCAUUCUCAACAAAUGGCUCAACAUCAGCGUGGACUGCACACCAAUCCCUUCACCAGAACAGGGGGAAUAGGGAAUUACUCAGGGACCGAUCCACCCCAAACUUAUUGGAACCAGAAGCAAACACAGAACCAAAUCGAAUCGACAGCAGAGAACCCGCAAACCGAUCGCAGCAAGUAUCAAUUGGCUGCCAGCACCCCAGACAAUCACUAGACAUGAUCCAGAAAUGUUACCAAGGACAGGAUGAUAGGCUUUAUACAAAUAUAAAAAUUGGUAACAAGAAUAUUCAAGCUUUGAUCGAUACCGGAGCAACGAGAUCAUGUAUAAGCCAGGAUACAUGGGACUGGAUAAAUGAAAACAACAUACCAGUUGAAUGUCAGCCAGGUAAAGGCACGGCAACGCAGGCCGACGGCAGUAAUUUACCAAUUAGCGGAUACGCAAUGAUACCAAUAGAAAUUUUUGACAUCAGAAGGAAGUGUCAAUUCAGCAUCAUGCCUACUAUUUCCAAGCCCAUAAUCAUAGGAAUGGACUUGUUAACACGACUACGAUUCAACAUAAAAUUACAGCCACCAUGGGAAGUGGAAACCACGACGGAAAUCUACUCAAUGAUGUCCAACAUAGAAGACCAGACAGAGAAAAUAAAUACACAACAAGAGUUGGAGGAAAAAGAGAAAAUUGAAGAAAUGAUGAAAUACGUAAAAGAAGAAAUCAAUGUAUUGGACAGAGUAGUUGGACCGUCAAAUUUGAAACCACACGAGAUUAAACUCAAGACCGACGAACCAAUAAAAACGAGAUAUUUCCCGAAAAAUCCGGCAAUGCAAGACGUAUUAAAUAAGGAAGUAGACAGAAUGCUAAAAGAAGAUAUCAUAGAACCAUCAGUGAGCCCGUGGACAUCCCCAGUGGUCCUCGUAAAGAAGAAAAAUAACAAGUAUAGAUUUUGUAUCGACUUUAGAAAAGUAAACGAAGUCACCGUAAAAGACGCCUAUCCAUUGCCACAUGUACAAGCUACUCUCGAUCGGAUAAAAGACUCCAAAUAUUUCACAACGAUAGACUUAAAAGACGGGUAUUGGCAGAUACCACUUGAAAAGAAAAGCAGAGAAGUUACAGCCUUCGCGGUCCCAAAUCGUGGAUUAUAUCAAUUUAAAGUGAUGCCAUUCGGUCUCCAUUCAGCUCCAGCCACAUUCCAACGUAAUCUAGAUCAAAUUAUUGGGCCGGAGAUGGAAGGUAAAGCUAGUGCCUACUUAGACGACAUCAUCAUACUCGGCAAAUCACUGGAAGGACAUUUUAAUAACAUAAAAGAAGUUUUAGAACGACUCAAGUUGGCAAAAUUAAAAAUAAAUCGGGAAAAAAGUAAAUUCUUCCAGAAGGAAAUCCGAUAUCUGGGUCAUGUCAUCAACGAGAAAGGGAUCCAUACGGAUCCAGAAAAAGUAUCAGCAAUUACAAAACUCCAGGCACCGAGAAACAUUAAAGAGCUGCGGAGAUUUUUAGGGAUGAUCUCUUGGUACCGUCGCUUCAUCCCAGAAUGCUCGAAAAUUACGAGGAAUCUGACUAAACUUUUACAAAAAAAGGUCAAAUGGCAUUGGAGCACGGAACACGAAGAAGCAUUCAGUCAGCUGAAAUCCGCCCUAACAACUACACCCAUCCUCGCACCACCAAAUUACGAAUUACCGUUCAUUUUACAAACAGAUGCGAGCGAUCAAGGCCUAGGCGCAGUACUGACCCAAAGCAGAGGAAAAGAAGAAUUUGUGAUUGCAUAUGCGAGCCGCACCCUCAACAAACAUGAAGUUAACUAUUCCACAACAGAAAAGGAAUGUCUGGCGGUGAUAUGGGGUAUUCAAAAAAUGAGAUCUUAUUUAGAAGGAUACAAAUUUACAGUACUAACAGACCAUCAGUCACUUAAGUGGCUUAAAAACAUCGAGAACCCAUCGGGAAGAUUGGCGAGAUGGGCGUUAUACUUACAGCAAUUCGAGUAUGAGAUACGUUACAGAAAGGGAGCACUAAACAAAGUGGCGGACACACUAUCGAGAUCCCCUCAACCGGCAGAGAACGAUGAUAAUGAAAUUCUACAAGAAACAGUAUUUGAAAUCGACGCAAAUCAAACGGACCCAUGGUACCAGCGCUUAAAAAGUGGAGUAGAAGAAAGACCGGAAGACUACCCAGAGUACGCGAUAAUCAACAAAAACUUGUACAGACAUAAGCAUCACUCAUUAAACUAUAAUGAAAGACAAGACGCGUGGAAGUUAUGCGUACCACAAAAUUUGCGGAGAGACAUCAUGAAAGAGAACCACGACGACGUAACAGCGGGGCAUCUGGGAAUUGCUAAGACCAUUGCCCGUAUAUCCAGAUCGUACUACUGGCCUAGAAUGCAGUACGAUAUAACCAGCUACGUCCGUAACUGUGAAACUUGCCAGCAAUUCAAAGUUCCCCAACAAAAACCAGCGGGAAAAAUGGGCACCAUAGAGGCCACAAGACCGUGGGAAGUUGUCGCCAUGGACAUUAUAGGUCCGGUUACUAAGUCAUCGGAAGGAUAUGGCUAUCUUUUGGUGAUGCAAGACAAAUUUACUAAAUGGGUAGAGCUGCAACCAUUACGCAGGGCAACAACCACACCAAUAAUCCAGGCUCUGAAAAAUAAAAUACUUUUAAGAUUCGGUAGACCCAGGAUAAUAAUCACGGACAAUGGGUCUCAGUUUGCCAGCAAUAUUUUCUUCGAAACUCUGGCAGAAUGGAAUAUCACACACAUAAGGACACCACCAUACUCACCACAGUGUAAUCCAGUAGAAAGAACCAACAGAGUUAUAAAAACCAUGAUUAGCCAAUUUAUUUUAAAUUCGCAACGGUCUUGGGCGCACAAAAUUAACGAGAUAGCCUUUGCAUAUAAUACCGCUAAACAUGACAGUACGCAAUUUACACCAGCGUACCUGAACUUCGGAAGAGAACUUGAUGCUCCAACUUCUACGAGGGCAAGGUUAGAAGACACAUACACGGCGGAGGCACCAGAUGAUAUCAUGGAACGAGUAUCAAUGCUACAAGAAGCACAUGAAAUGACAAGAAUAAAUUUGGCAAAAGCUUUUUCAAAGCAAAGCCAUUAUUAUAAUUUACGACGCCGAGACUGGACACCGGAAAUAGGAGACAUAGUAGCAAAAAGAGAGUAUCCACUAUCGUCAGCGGAAGCUCAGUUCUCAGCAAAAUUGUCAGCCAAAUAUACUGGUCACUUUACAGUUAUCGACCGUAUAGGUAAAACAGUGGUGGUAAUACAGAGCGAAGACGGCGGUAUCCAUAGAGCGCAUGUAAAAGAUUUGAAGUUAUUCCGUAAGAAGGCGCCACACAAGAUUAACGAGAUGACACAUAGGAGGGAAGAUGGGGAAAUGAGGGGCGACAAAAUAUGGCACGCAGGCGCAAAGAGGAGAAGGUCUCGUAAGGGUGGGAUAACCAAGCAGCAUCAGUCGAUCAGAACAUUCGAAAGAGUCAACAUGGAUAGUGCUACGCCAAACAAUACACAAAACAGUGAGAUCACUUCAAGUACUGUGCCACCAGCCAACACUUCAAGCAGUUCGGUGUCAUCAUCAUCAAGCUCAUCCUCAUCAAGCUCAUCCUCAUCGAGCUCAUCUUCAUCGGCGAGUUCGUCAACAUCAAGUUCGUCGGCAACGUCAAGUUCAUCGUCAAGCACCAGCAAGGCAUCUUCAAGUCUACCAAUCAUCGUAAGCAACGAAAGGGUAGAUAAAAUAAUAAAGCAAAGUCGAAGCGGAUUCCAUAUCCGAGAAAGACCGGCAGCCACGAUGGAAGUCAAGGAAUAUACUAGCUCAGGUACACCGGACCCACUGCCGGAAAAAUAUACAACACCCCGACCAACAAGGAAGUGGGAAGCACGCCGUAACGUAACGCAAGAUACGGGAAAAAUAAAAAUAAUAGAGAUCAAAGACCAGCCUAAAGAAAUAAAAACAGAAAUUAAGAGUGUUGUGGUAAAGAAAAAUCAAAAACCGGAAGAGGCGAAGAAACAACAACCGCAGGCGGAAAAGAAAAACCAGGGACCCGAGGAGUCGAAGAAACAACCGGGGGACACAAAGAAUCUAAAAUCUGUGGUGGAAAAGAAAAAUCAGGGACACGAGGAGGCGAAGAAACAACCGGGGGACACAAAGAAGCAAAAAUCUAUGGUGGAAAAGAAACAAAAUACCGGGGCAGUAAAAAUAAACAAAAAUAAAAUCCAGACAGUUAACCCUCAGACAAGUAAACACAUGGACGAGACGAUCGCAGAGGUAGCAGCAGGGGGAGGCACCACGGGAAAAGAACAAAUAUCGAGCAAGCGAAGUAUAGGAAUUCAAGCUGAGAGAAUUCCAAAAUUCAGAAACGCGCAGACCCAAACACCACCCCCACCGGCCCGGCCUAAGACGAACAACGCUGCUACGCAGACACACUACCAAUCGAGAGACAAAGCGACGCAAACACCGCCAGCAACCAAGUCAAAAGACGGUAGCACGCAGACCGACGAGAAAACAAAAGAUAGACCAGCCACACCAGGAGGAGUUUUAGAAUUGUGUAUACCCUACAAUGAAAGGUUUGAGGACGACCGUGAUAGUUGGUUCACACCGGAAGUACUAUCAGCGCCGCCAAAACAAACCACGCCUCAUUAUGAGGCGGAGCAACAACAUAUAUCGGUCAUAACGCAAAGUUAUUACACCUCAUACGACAUGCCAUCUACUAGUGGAUACCCAAACCAAUGGGAGGUACAAGAGGAAGCUAGUACGAGCGGGUCAGUCGGUCGUUACCAACCACAGGGCUGGGAAAAUUACGGCACAUACCAACCAACGCCACACAGUGAAGGCUACCAAUCCACUGGGUGGAAUUACAAUAAUGGAAACCCGGCAAACCCUACAAGCAUCCAAAUUAACAUCGGAGAAGUGAACAACCCAUCAAAAAAACGCAAACGCCGUCGUAGACGACAUUAAGUUUAAUUUUUUAUAUAAACAAUGUAUUUUAAGUUUUGGGAAAAGUAAUUUAUUUUUUUUAAGUUAAAUACGAAAUUGUUUGUAAAAAAAAAAAAAAAAAAAAAAGGGGUUAAGCAUGAAAGUUUUUUUUGUUUUUGAAGUUAAAUAUGUAUUUUUUUUUAUUUAAAAAAAAAAAGAGUUAAGCAUGAAAGUUUUUUUUAAAUUUUUGGUUAAAUAUAAAAAUUAUUUUUGUUUAAAAAAAAAAAAAGGUUGAGCCUGAAAGUUUUCUUAGAGAAGAAAAAGGAAAUAUUUGUUUUAAAGUUGAAAUUAUUUAAUUUUUUUUAAAUUUAAGCAUGAAAGUAAAAUGUUUUUUUGGUGAGAUUAUUUGAGUUUAAAUAUUAUUAACAAGUUAGUAUUAAGAAUAUUUUUGUAAUUUUAUGUAAGAUUAAAGAAAUAAACGAGGAAACUGAAAAAAAAAAACAACAAAAAAAAUAAACGCAGAGCAUUUAUUUUUUUUUUCAAAGUAAGGGGGGAAUAUAACAAACGAGAAAUUUUGUUGAAUUAUUUUUGCAAAAAAAAUAAGAGAAAAGAAAAAAAAGGGGAAAAAAAAAAUUAAUUAACAAAGAAAAAAAGAAAAUUGAUAAAAAGUAAAGGAAAAUGGGAAAAAGAGAAAAAAUAAGUAAGGGAAAAAAUUCAACACCGAAAAAGUAACAAAUGCGCAGAAUCCGGGGAGUUAGUUCUAAAAGUCUCCGCGGGGUGGCAUACCUGCGAAAAUUCUUUCCACAUUCGGAAAGUUAAACUAGAAUGCUUAAAAACCAGCUUAGGGGACGGCUGAGCAUCAUUCACCGACCACGACCAGUGGAGUACACUAGUCAGUGGCAAAAGGACGACUACCAAGUGGAAUACACUUAGUGUCACCAUAUCCUUACGCACUACGGUGAAAUUGAACGAGUGGACUCUUUGUAUAAGAACCUCCACCUUUACACAUUGCGAAAAUCCGCAAACCGUGUACCAACUAGUACACACCACGCUGCCAGAGGGCAGUAGUCACGCCCGGAGUGGGGAGAGUGCUGUAGUAGCCAAUUGGUUCAGUCGAGCGGCAGACGCCGAGCUCGACGGACUGGUCAUCAGUUAGUGGACUCGCCAGGCUUCCCGCCAUUGUAUAUUGUAAGGGAGUGCCGGUUGGAGACCCUGCCAGCGUUCAUUGUGGUUCCUCAGGUUGAGCCACAAUUGGAGCGUAAUCAGUUCGCCAUAGUACUGCCGGGAAGUGUUGAACCGGAGCAGUAUCGUGGCUAGAGCUACGAAAUAGCCGGUAGAUGGCAAGAGCUAUCCCGCUAUUGUAAACUAAUUAUAAGUACUUGCUGUAUUAGACCUUAAGUUGGAAUCAAUAAAAUUUGCAUCAUUCAGUUUCCUUAUACAAAUAAAUUUAAUUAAUUUUGAGCGUGUCACCUCCCUCAUCCUUAUAUCUGAUCCCUGGAUCCGGCGAGCUAAAAACGAGCAGUCGAGGGACAGAUAAUUAUUUAUCUUUGGGUAAAUAAUUACUGCAUGUUACACGUUACAUAUUUUAUAAAUUUAGUAGUGAUAGUUGGGCACGUAGUGACUG